AUGUGAGCAUGAAAAAUGCGAAUACUUUUAAAGAUCUUGCCAUUCUGGAUGCUGGUUGCAAAUUGUGGUGACUUACAUGAAGUAAUGCAUACAAUGGUCAAAGUCUAAAAUGGCGCUUGUCUCUUCUCGUGGAAAGACCUUUAAGUUUUGCUUGUGGCAAUGGAAGUCGAAGAACUACAAUUGUUUAUUUCGGUUUUUAAGCUCUGCUUCAGGAGACGAGAAGUAUAUUCAGCGUAGUAUUGUACCUACGUACCAUUUUCAAGCCAGCUUACCUCGUCUGCCAAUCCCUAAACUAGAAGACACUUGUCGUCGUUAUUUGGACGCACAAAAGGUCAUAUUGAGUUCAGAGGAAUAUGAAACGACUAAAAGACUUGUUGAAACUUUUCAAAAACAAGAGGGUCAAGAACUUCAGAAAAAGCUUUUGAAAAAAGAUAAAAUGAAUAAACAUACAAGUUACAUCUCAGAACCAUGGACAGAUAUGUAUCUAGAGGAUCGUAGAUCUCUUGUGUUGAACCAUAAUCCAUUUAUUGCAUUCAAUUUUGAUCCAAAUGAAGAGAAUAAUCAUCAGCUGGUCAGGGCAGCAAAUGUUAUAGUGUCAGCUAUGAAGUUCAAAAACUCAUUGGACGACCAAGUGUUAGAACCAGAAAUAUUUCAUUUAAAUCCAAAAAAAAGCAAUACAGAACGUUUCAAGAAACUAAUCAGAUAUGUUCCAUCAAGUCUUUCUUGGUAUGGUGCAUAUUUAGUUAAAGCAUUUCCACUGGAUAUGAGUCAAUAUGACAGACUUCUUGCUUCAACGCGUAUACCACUGUUGACGAAAGAUAAACUUGUAACAUACGAAGAUAGUCGACAUAUUCUUGUAAUUCAUAAAGGCAAUUAUUACACAUUAGAUGUGAUUGGUGAAACAGGCAUUAUCCGUCCCGUAUCAGAAAUCUUAAUCAAUCUCCAAGCCAUCACAAUGGAUGAUUCUACGUCAUUACAAUCUCCAAUUGCCGCGCUCACGUCUAAUGAUCGUGACACAUGGGCGCAUGCGCGCGAGGAAUUAGAAAAAUCCAAUGCGGAAGUUUUAAAGUUGAUUGACAGCGCGUUGUUUGUGUUGAGUCUUGAUGAUGACGAACCAAAAAUACCUGAAGAAGUUACAAAAUCAUUUCUUCAUGGUGAUGGCAGAAAUAGAUGGUUUGAUAAAUCUCUUCAACUCAUCGUAUGUCGUAAUGGUCUGAUGGGCUUGCACUUCGAGCAUUCUUGGGGCGAUGGUGUCGCAGUCCUUAGAUUCUUUAAUGAAGUUUCUGAAGAUAUGAGAGAAAAUCCAGCUUGUUCUCCUGCACAGCUUGCUGCUUUAGAUCUAAGUUCUGCUAACUAUAGGAAACUAUGCUUUGACAUUCCAGCGAGCGUUGAAAACGUCAUUAGUUCAUCGAAAGAAAAUUUUGAUUCUCGUGUUAAUAGUUUAGAGAUGGAAACCUUACAGUUGUUUAGUUUUGGUCGAGAUUAUCUGAGGAGAAAGAAAAUAAGUCCUGACGCAUUAAUGCAACUUUCCUUUCAAAUGGGUUAUUAUCGUCAGAAUGGCAAGUUUGUUGGCUCAUACGAGUCCUGUAGUACAGCGGCAUUUAAACAUGGUCGUACAGAGACUGUUCGUCCUGCUUCCUUAGCAACAGUCGCGUGUUGUCAGGCGUUUGAUAAAAGCCAUAAAGCAGGCAUUGAGGAAAUGAGAAAUUUUAUAAUGAAGUCGUCAGAUUAUCAUAACCAAAUAAUUAAAAAUGCAGCCAUGGGUCAAGGCUUUGAUCGCCACAUGUUUGCCCUUAGACAUAUUGCUCAAUCAUCAGGCAAGUUACCAAAGAUAUAUCAAGAUCCAUCUUUUGCUCGUCUGAACCAUAUCAUUUUAUCAACCAGUACUCUCACUAGUCCCAAUGUGUUAAUGGGAGGAUUUGCGCCCGUGGUUCCCGAUGGCCUAGGUGUGGGUUACACAAUACUUGAUGAUAGCCUAGGAUGUAAUGUAUUGAGCUACGGCCCGCCUACUGAUGUUCGUGGAUUUGUCGAGUGUGUACGAUCUAGUCUCGAAGAUAUUCUAGAAGUUUUGGAAGGAAGAAAUUUCAAAAAUACAUCAGGAUAGAAACGUUUUUGGUUGACAACCGAUUUGACAAUCUUUAUUUCAAUGUCGGCAUUUUUAAACUUUAAACAUUCCAGGUUUUUAACGAAGGCAAGGCUAUUUACUGUCGACUGCAUCAAGAUGAGGUUGCGUCGUAAAAAAACAUCAAAAAAAUCAAUUACCGCACAUAAUAUUAUUUCGUAAUCUGAGCAGCAUUAGAUAUAUGAAAGAA